UGUCAAGUCAUUGACACGUCAGUGACAAGCGUAGCUGUCAACAUUGCCAAUAAUCUCUCGACCAUGCUUCAAAAUUUUCUCACUAUUUAAAAUUUAUCUCCAGUGAAAUUUCUACGUAUUAACAUUACAGUAUUCAAUUUCGAAGAUAGCUCAAUUAAUGGAAAAAUUUAUUAUGCAAUCAAGUUAAAAUUAACCAAUCAAAAAUCGUUCAAUAAGAGCAACUUACUUAUGUAAUAUCAUUGAAAAAUAUUUAAUCGACAAUGUUAACUGGAAAGAACAAAACGCUCGUGUACGAGCAAGCCCCCCCGAAUGUAUGCAAGGAGCACUACCUACUUUUGUUGGAAUUAUACGUUAAACAGGCGUCAGGCGACCGCCUAACCAAGUUGAAUCAGAUGUUUUUCGUACCUACCAGUGUCCAUUUUGGAUUCCUCGACUUCGUAAAUGAAAAUGAUUUAGUAAUCACUCCAGUAGAUCCCCUUUUCCAACCACAGGUAGGCAUCAUUAAUGAAGCUGAAGUCUUCAAUGUUGGAAAAUCAGUACUGUUCGCUAUCGAUUCUGAGGCGGCUAUGAACCGCGUUACAAAAAUGAUCCUUAAACUCACGGUGAAGAAGCAGAUGCCAGAUGCCAUCAAGCCGGAUGUCUUAGUAGGAACUGGCGAACUGGACUUGUCCGAUCAGUAUGCGGCUUUGCGAAUAGAGAUGAUACAGGACUGGAAAAAUAGUGUUACAACAUCCAAAGAGUUUGAUGGUCAAGUGCCAUUGAUUUAUAAUGGCAACUUGUCGGCCAAUCUGGAUAUCUUUGUAAGAAUCUCUGGUCUCGGACAGAUGAUUGUCACAGAAUUUGACACACCAAUUGCACAGGAUCCUUCAACAUUUAUUUUCGGCGCUGGAGAAGCCGAUCAGAUUUUAUUGUACAAAUGUCGCGAAGUGGACUCACGUAUUCUUGAUGUCUUCGAAGGUUCCUGCGAGGAUCUUCAAAGACCGAUAACUUGUCCUGUGUGCAUACCAGUGAAGUAUCCUUGUAUACCGUGUGGGAAAUUAGCAGCUGUUGAAAAGAGGGAUGAGAAAAUGAGAAAAAAAAGAAUCGAUGAGAUAGUUGAAAGGAAAUUAAAGGAUAUAUCAUCAAAAGGCUCUGUUCAAUAUAAUCGCGAUCCAUCUCAGCCUUGCGGCAAGCCGGUAGUUCUUAAAGUAUCCGGUCUCUUCGACAAUGGUGACAAUCCUGACAGAAAGAAACCUACAGUAACAGUUGCCGCAGAGUCUGCUGCAACGAAACCAGGCGAGCCAUCUGAUCCUGACCAUGAUAUUUUUGUCUUGAGAAUCGGUAAGAAGGGCCUCGUUGGGGUUGGCGAGAAAUCUGACAUACAGCUAGAGAUGAAGACCCCGAAAGGACCUGAAAGAAGGCCCCCGAUUAGAUACGAGACCAGAGAUGUGCAGACAGACGAGCAUGACGAAGAACUGCCGAAGGAGCAUAAGAAGAAGAUUAAGAAGAAAAAGUGAAAUGCUUCUUUAUUUAAAUUCAAGAGUCAAGUUCUCAGCAUAAUAUUCUAAGCACAAAUCUAAGGAAUUAAUUUUG